GGCCGCUGCCGCCAUUGUGCGGCGCUGGUACCCUAAGAGGGUGCUCUCUACGGCGAGUGUCUUGGGCUUUCGCCCUCGCUUCUCGCUCUCUUGUCCGGGGAGCCCGGCGGGUCCGGGACUCCCGUCCGUGCCGGUGCGGGCGCCGGCAUGUGGCUGUGGGAGGAACAGGGGGGCCUUCUGGGCCCCUUCUCCUUCCUGCUGCUGCUGCUGCUGCUGGUAACGCGUAGUCCGUUCAAUGCCUGCCUCUUCACCGGCAGCCUCUACCUCUUGCUGCGCCUCUUCAGCUUUGAGCCUGUGCCCUCCCGCAGGGCCCUGCAGGUGCUCAAGCCCCGGGACCGCGUUUCCGCCAUCGCCCACCGCGGCGGCAGCCACGACGCGCCCGAGAACACGCUGGCGGCCAUUCGGCAGGCAGCUAAGAAUGGAGCAACAGGUGUGGAGUUGGACAUUGAGUUUACUUCUGACGGGAUUCCUAUCUUAAUGCACGAUAACACAGUCGAUAGGACGACUGAUGGCACUGGUCGAUUGUGUGAUUUGACAUUUGAACAAAUUAGGAAGCUUAAUCCUGCAGCAAAUCACAGGUUAAGGAAUGAUUUCCCUGAUGAAAAGAUCCCUACCCUGAGAGAAGCCGUUGCAGAGUGCCUAAACUAUAACCUCACAAUCUUCUUUGAUGUCAAGGGCCAUGCAAAUAUGGCUACUGAUGCUCUAAAGAAAAUAUAUAAGGAGUUUCCUCAACUAUACAAUAAUAGCAUCGUCUGCUCUUUCUUGCCAGAAGUUAUCUAUAAGAUGAGACAAACAGAUCAGAAUGUAGUAACGGCUUUAACUCAUAGACCUUGGGGCCUUAGCCAUACAGGAGAUGGGAAACCACGCUAUGAUGUUUUCUGGAAACAGUCCAUGUUUGCAGUAAUGGACAUUUUGCUCGAUUGGAGUAUGCAUAAUAUCCUGUGGUACCUGUGUGGAAUUUCAGCUUUCCUCAUACAAAAGGAUUUUGUAUCCCCGGACUACUUGAAGAAGUGGUCAGCCAAAGGCAUUCAGGUUGUUGCUUGGACUGUUAAUACCUUUGAUGAAAAAAGUUACUACGAAUCCCAUCUUGGUUCCAGCUAUAUCACUGACAGCAUGUUGGAAGACUGUGCAUCUCAGUUCUAGAAUUUUCCCCCAGGGAGGAAACAUGGGUACAGAAGCUGCCUGCUGGCCUCAUGCAGGGAUAUCAAAAUACCCUUUGUGCUAGCCCAAGCCCUGGGGGAUCAGGUGACUCACACAAGCAAUAGUCGGUAUUUGCAUUUUUACCUGAACCAGAGCAAAACCUGGUUUUGCUUUGCUUGCUCCAUGGAAUGCCUGAGUUCAACAGUGUUGCUCUUGAAAAUCUGGGUCUGCAAAAAGGCAUAACAGCUCCUGCCCCGACCUAGCUGAGGCACACACCGAGACCCAUGAGGAUAAGCACAGAUUGAGUUGUGCAGUUUGGGGAUGCAGAUGCAAAUGCAUGGGAAAUGCAUGAUCACUCAAAGUUGCCAUUUUAAAACUUGACACACUUAUGUAAUUUACUUAUUUAAAAUAUUUGUAUUCAGCUACAUUAUCAAUGAACUAUAGACAUCAAACUUGUGAUGAUACUAAUAAAAUCAUUAAAAGGA